AUGUCUGGUUAUUUUUCAGGAUUUUCUUUGAAUAAGAUCACCGAUUCGAUUGCUACCGCUGCUCACAAAACUCAAGACACCUUGAACUCUGCGUUGGCAAAUGCGAACGUGAACUUGAACGAUCCGCAAACAAGAUUGUCUAUCAAAUCGCGCACAAGAUUUGUCCAAGAAUCAUUGGGCACUGUAUCUGAUAUAAGCAAAUUACCACCACAGUACCAAUUUUUGGAGAAGAAAAGCGAUUCUUUGGAGAAAGUUUGUAAGAGGAUUUUGCUAGUGUCUAAGACAUUCGAAGUGGAAGGCUACGACUAUCCGCCAAAUUUAACGGAAAGUAUUUCGGAUUGGUGGUCCCUUAAUAAAGACGGAUGGUUUGGCUCUAAAAAAUCGGAACACGCGAGUAAAAAGAAGGAUUCCAACCAUGAUGAUGCAUUUUUGCCAAGGUCCUUUGCCCAGGCAAUUUCGAAAGCAGCUGUUGAUUGUGAAUUCGAAUUCAAAAACUUAGAACAGAACGAAAAGGCAGAAUUGAAGCAGAAAAAGGAGUCCAAAAAAGCCGCACAGGAAACAGAUGAACAAGAAGAAGACGAAGACGAAGAGGAGGAAGAUGAAGAUCUAUCAAAUCUAAUCAAAGUUUUCGACUCAUGGUCAACAUGUUACAAAAACAUCGAUGAAGGCAAAGCGGAAAUGGAUUCUAUGAUGAUUAAAGAAUUCAACAAAAAAUUAGAAAAAUUGAUAAACGAGGACUUUAAGAAGGUUCAUGACUUACGCAGAAAAGUAGAAGAAUCAAGACUUAAGUUUGAUACAAUGCGUUAUGAAGGCAAGUCAAAAGAAGAACAAUCGAGAGCUCAAAAGGAUGAAACCUCAAAGGAGGCCGACAACAACGACAACACUGCAAACCCUAAACCCUUAGAGGAUGCUCUCACUACUGAAAAUAAAACAGGAGAGGAAAACCAAACAAAGGUUCCUGAAGAAGAACCAAAAAAGGUGGAAAACGAGGUCGCCACUGCCGAUGAUAGUGUUACGAACGAAAAUCCAAAACAACAACCAGCUAAUCAGCCAUCAAUUGAAGAUUCCGAAGAAAACAAACUGUUAGAAAAACUGGAAGACGAGUUUGUCUCCAAUACUACAGUUGCUGUGGAAACAAUGGAAGAAAUCACUGACAGUUCUGAAAUUUUGAGUUUAGUGAAACUAUUUCAAAAUUUCCAAUUGGUGUAUUUCAGACAAUGUGUUCAGGAGGUGGAAGCAAACCUGAAGGUUUUAAACGGUAUGGAAAACUAG